UUAUGACCAGUUCAGUUUCAGGUUUAAAGUCUAAUAUCUUUUCCUAUCUUAAGUUACCUGUACUCUAGGGCGGUUUUCUUACGGCGCUUCUUUUGACCUUAGUACGUCUCGAGGGAUUAAUGAUUUGUAAAAACAUCUAAUUCUGGAUAUAUGCGUGAAUUUCUAUAAGCUAACACUGUUGUCUAAUCACCAAAAGUGAUAGAAUUGGUCCUAUAGAUAUAAAGAUUGGUUAUGAGUCUCUUUACAAGUCCACCUCCAGUUGUGAAACGACUUAUAAGUUAUAUCAAAGAAGGUUCAGACAAAGAAGAAAAAUGGAAGGAAAAGGCUGUCAAAUCGUUAGUCAAGAGGUUGAAAAACGGGACACAACUAGACGAACUGGAACGUGCCUUAGUUAGCCAAGAUCCAUCUACACGCUGUGUUACAAUACCGCGUUCAUUGGAUGGACGGCUACAGGUAAGAAACAGUGAGCAAUCAAACUUUAACUCUUGAUUACGUCUUGGAUACAUAACAUACAAUCAUAACCGACGAACAAAGCCAGUUAUCUAAAAUGGUACGAAACGUAAAAUGAAUCAAUAGCGAGCUAUUUCGUCAGUUAACGAUUAAUGGGUUAGUUCAUAAAAUCGUUGGAUUCAUGGCUAGGUCAGUUGAAUAAUUUGUAUUAACUAGUUCAUAGUUCUUUCAAUAAAUAUUUCUGUGUCUGUCUGUCUCUGCAUUCCUUUUUCUUAAUUGUGACUAUGCAGUUUUCAAAUAUUUGAUUUUUGUAUAUUAUUGAGUACUGAUCGUUAAGACUAGAAACCUACAUUACUCUGGUCUGUCAUAAUGAAAUGUUAUGAAUUUUUAUGGAAUUUAGAUCAUAUGCCUCGUUAUUUUAUACAUGGUUUUAGAUCUUCAACGGUUAGGUCGUAAUUUUCGUGUUGCUAUUAGAUACAUUAACCAUUUUCUUUCACACGUUUUUAUUUGCUUUUGAUUUUCACUAGGUUGCCCAGAAAAAAGGUUUACCACACGUUUUUUACUGCCAACUUUGGCGAUGGCCAGACCUGCAUACUCAGCACGAGUUAAGACCUAUCGCUACUUGUGAAUAUUCUUUCCAAUCAAAACGCGAUGAGGUUUGUAUCAACCCUUAUCACUAUCGAAGGAUUGAAAAUCCAGUUCUCCCACCGAUUAUGGUUCCUCGUACAGUUAACAAUGGGGCUUCGGGAAUCAAUAACGACAACAACACACAUCGUGGUGUGACAGAAUCAUCUACUGAACGUUAUGGAAGAGGUUCAUCUUUUGGUCCACAUCAUUCUCGAUACUCCUCUAUGCACAAUCAGUAUCAACAAGGACUUCAACAACAGCAUCAUUUAAACGCUUUACAGAGUCAUCAUCCUUCCACUGCUGGUUUAAAUGAUUCUAUGAUUAUGGGAGAUGAUUGUAGUUCAGAACCAAAUAGUUUAGCUGCCCUCCUAGCUCCUCCGUCUAAGCAACCCAGACAACAUCUUGCUACAGAUGCUGUAACAGCUGCUGCUCUAGCCAGAGGUGAUGCACUUGACGCGUAUACUGUAGCGAGUCGAGCAAUAGCUGGUUUAGAAAAUGUUGGAAAUGUACUCGGUGGAACGCAUCCACCGUGUGUAAGUCUUCGAGAGGCUGCUGAAAAUAUGACUCUGGGUGGACCCCCUAAUUUAGUUGGAACGCCCCCAGCUCCUCCUCACACAGGCUAUCAAUCGUCUCUUAUGAAUGUAGUGUCCAGUCUUAGCGGAGAUGGUCGUGAUUUCGCUCGCACUUUAGGUGUAGCAAAUCACAUUCACAAUGCUACAACAAGGUCACUUAGUAUGAGUGAUUAUCCAAUUCCUGUGUCUGCUUGCCAAGAAGAUCGUUCUAACGAUUCUCAAUGCCUAGGUCCAAAUGCUGAUAAUUUGAGUUCAAGUUUUAUGGGUCAGUCAUCAUCAGUUUCCUCAUCUACAACUCAGAAAGCUCCCAGUAUUGCUGGUGCCGGCCCGUCAAUAAACUCUCCUGGUACAUUGUCAUCGGUUGAAGAAAAUUGUAUUAGUGAAGAUGACAAUAUGGAUCUAGAUAUGUUAAGCGAUGUUCUUAUUGAUGGGAAUGAAAUGACUUCAGUAGCUUAUCAAGAACCUGAAUAUUGGUGUUCAUUAUAUUAUUAUGAAAUGAAUACUCGUGUUGGAGAUACAUUUCAUUGUUCUAGUCCAUGUUUAACUGUUGACGGUUUCACCGAUCCAAAUAGACACAAUCGUUUCUGUUUAGGUCUACUAUCCAAUGUGAAUAGAGGACAUCAGAUUGAGCUAACAAGAAGGCAUAUUGGUAAAGGUGUUAAACUUUAUUAUAUUGGCGGUGAAGUGUUUGCAGAAUGUUUAAGUGACAGUGCUAUAUUUGUUCAAUCUCCUAAUUGCAAUUAUAUGUAUAAAUGGCAUCCAGCAACUGUAUGUAAAAUUCCGCCUGGAUGUAAUUUAAAAAUAUUCAAUAAUCAAGAAUUCGCCAAUCUUCUUACAGAGAAUGUAACUAAAGGUUUUGAAGCUGUUUAUUCACUAACAAAUAUGUGUACUAUACGAAUGAGUUUUGUCAAAGGAUGGGGUGCUGAUUAUCGCCGACAAACUGUAACUAGCACUCCAUGUUGGAUUGAAAUUCAUUUAAAUGGACCUCUACAAUGGCUUGAUCGUGUCCUUAGUCAAAUGGGCUCCCCAGAUCAUCCUUGCACAUCUGUCAGUUGAACUAAUGAAUCUAUCCAUUAUUUAUGGAUUAUUAUUAUAAUAACUGUUAAUGUUCAGGAUAAAUUAUCUCUUGUCAAUAGUAUCUUUUCCGACGUCUUUCGAAUACCUCCUAAAUAAAAAUCAAAUCAAUUAUUGCAUACUUAUUAAUAUUAUUGUUAUUCCUUUCACUGAAUUUCUGGCCACCGACGACACUCCUAACUUUAACUCAAGUUCAAUUUAUCCUCAAUUACAGUUCUAUGUUGUCACUUGAUUAUUAUAUCACUAUUAUUUUAAACGUUUUAAUCCUUCUGAAUGCAGUUAUAUAAUGUUAGAUUAAUACCAUAUAUUCAUAAUGACAAUUUGACAUUGAUUAUGUAUUUCAUUAUCUCCCUCUUCAACCUACUCCCUCCCCAAUGUCAACCAUUUUCUUCUCUUCCGUUUUUAUUUUGAGGACGUAAGCAAGAUAUUCUUCGCCACUGUCUUACUCAUUAUUAUUGUCUUUUUUUACUCCUGUGUAGUUAAUCAUUCCAUGUUGUUUGUAGGCUCUCUCGCUACCCUGCUUAUUCAAUACUGCCUUCCUUCCUCUUUGGUUUUUUGUAACACGAGGUACUUUAUUUAUUUCGUUUUAUGUCAGUAAUGAUUUUCAGACGAAUAGCUCUUGUCGUUAUUGUUACUGUCAUUGUCAUUUUAUUUGUAUCAUACUUCCUCUGUUGAGAACAAUGUCUUGCACAAUAGUUUUGUUUUUCACGAGAACACAUUAAUUGUAUCCGUUUAACCUUUGUCCAUUAUCGACAGUACCACCCUCUUCAUUAUAUUUGUUAGCAGAUGUACAUGUUUUAAAUGGUUGAUUGAAAAUUGUCUCUUUUUUUUAAGGAAAUUCUUUUGUUUCGUCAAUAGUGAGCGCCGUAAUUUUCCGCUGGUUUUUUUUUGUAUACUACUGAAUAUCGUCACUAUUAUUAUUAUUAUCAUUGUUGUUACUAUUAAUGUAUGCUUAUUUUAUCUUUAACAACUACCUGGUUAGUGGUGGUCUGUUUCACAUGGUUUUCUGUAUGAUAUAUAUAUAUAUAUACGUAUAAUCUAUAACCCAUUCAUUAAUUAUUAUAAACUUUUCCUGUUGAAAUUCAGCAUUUUUUAGUUGGGAAUCAACUGCCAUGACGAUUCUAUGUGACGUUGUCGGGUUUUCUCUUUUUUCCAGAGAUGUUGAUGAUGGUGUUGGUCAUCUCUUUUUUUUCUUUGUUAUCAUUAUCUUUGUCUUUUUUUAAAUUUAUGUAUGUCUAAUGCGUAGUGAACUGUCACCGAUAUGUUUGCUUGUUUUCAGAUCUCCUUUUAAUCAGUGGAGGCGGCAGUCGGUAAUAAUAAUAAAUAUUAUCCAGUGUUUGUAAUUACUUUAGCCCGAUGUUUUGUUAAAUAUUUUUAUUGUCCUAUGACUUAAAAAAACUCUUAUACAUAAGUAAGACAAGUCAUUUUGGCUCAUAUAUAAAUAUAUUAACCUGGUUUCAGUUAACUAUUUUCCUUUUCAACUUGAUAAUAAAUAUAACAUUGGAAAAUAAAUUUAAAAUAGUCUAUUAGGUUGUAUUAUAUGAGUAGCUUUUGUGUCAGUGUAUUACUCUAUUCUCUCCCUCUCUCUCUCUAUAUAUAUAUAUUCCUCAUUGAUACUUCUCUGUCAAUAUAUGGUUACCUUUGGUGUUAUAUUUCAUGGCUAUUGGUUUCAUUUAUACAAAUGUUCGUGAUGGAAAAUAACUUGUUACUUAGAUAGACAUCAGCUGUUUUUUUAUGAUUCAGCAUACUUGUAUCAUUUGAUUUUCAUUAUAUAUACAGUAAUUCUUAAGAAAUUUUCAUUUUAAACAUCAGAAUUACUUUUUCACAUCAUUUAUGUUAGUUGUCUAUCAGUUGAAAAUUGACCAAGUUUAAUUUUGUCUAAAUAAUGACAUAUAUUCAAUUGG